AUGAAUAAGGAAGAAAAAUUAUUUUGGGAAGUUUAUAAAAAUAAAUAUUUAAGAAAUUUAAUAUUUCAUCAUAUUCAAUGUACAGAAUGGGUUGAAUAUGAUGAACACCAACAAAUUUAUGAAAAUAAUAGAAUUUUAUUUAAAGAUAUAAAAUCAUUGAAAUGGAUGUCAAUAAAAAAACAAUUCAAACUUUUAAAAUAUAAAUUAGAAUGUAAUGAAUCAAUUCAAAUUAUUAGUUCAUCAUGUAUAUUAGAAUUCUUUAAAUCAUUUAAUAAUAAUAAUAAUAAAAAUGAAAAAGAUUUAAAAAAAAAAGAAGAACAAGAAAAACAAGAAAAAUUAUUAAAAUCAGUUUUAGUUUUAUUUUUAAAAAAAUAA